CCUCCAUCUCCUUGUCGUCCACUAGUUCCACGCUGACGAUGGGAGAUGGAAACUCUCCUCCAGAUGCCUCCCGCCCCACCCCCAGCGAAGAAGAUUACGGAUCAUGGACAUGGAAGCAGAAGUUUGAGGAUCUCAUUGCCUGCGAUCCCAGCCGUAAUAUCAUGCCAAAGCAUCCUGAAUCUGCUUCCUAUAUCAAGAAAAAGCUUGAGGAAAUGUUCGGAAAGUACCUAGGUACGGUAUCCCCUAAACAGCGCCCUGCAUACGAGAAGGAUAGCCUCAAAGAGCUCAAUUAUGUGUGCAAUUGCUUUUCGCGCUUCAUGGGCCUCCGUGAGUUCCUGUACCCGGAGAUUCUCAGUACCAUGGCCUCCUACAACGCCCUGCGAUGUGCUAGGAUGGCGCUGAAGGGCGGCGCUCCAUUCCGCGGCCGCCGUGCAGACCCCAACGGCCGCCACCGCAGCGGCUUCACGCCCCUCCACGUGGCCGCCGAGAACUUCAGCGUGGACAUGGUCAAGCUCCUCUUCCGCCACGGCGCAUCGGCAAACAUCCGCACCAAGGGUGAGGACGUCGUGGAGGGCCUCCUGCCUCUUCAUGUCGCCGUUGAGAAUGCCAGCAUGCACAAGUACCUGGAGGACCAUUGGGCUGAAGGGGACCAUAUUGUCAACCUCGUCCUCCUCCUCUGUCUGCCUGAGAUGAAGAUGUUCUUGGACACUACUAGAUUAAUUGCCAAACAAAUAGACAGCCUUGUCGAUGAGGUAUGGAAUUACAUUCGUACGGAGAAGCUUGUUGAGGCUGCAAUUUUGCUGCUGGCAGCUCAGAAGCAGCUCCGUGGCUGCCUUAACAAGAGCUCCAGCCAGGUCUCUCUGAAUGGGUUUGAUAUUGUUAAAAGCAACAUUGAUGAAGCUCUUGACACCCUACAUCUUGAGGUGUUAGCUAUGGUUGAAGAAGGAAAAAAAGGCAAGGCGCUUAAGAAGCUGAAAGACAAGAAGGAAGCCCUUCUUACAGCACGUGCUCUAGUUGGUACCGUCCAUAGAAGUCGCGAAGCUGAUGCCUUUCUUACAGAACAUGAGGUUUCUUUGAAUGGUUUUGAUAUUGUUAAAACCCGCAUUGAUGAAGCUCUUGACUCCCUACACCGUAAGGGGUUAGCUAUGGUUCAAGAGGGGAAAAAUGGCAAGGCGCUUCAGAUGCUGCAAAACAAGAAGGAAGCCCUUCUGACGGCACAUGCACUAGUUGGUAUUAUUCAGAAAGCUGGUGAAGCUCUUGAGGGGUACAUUCAGACCUACCAGAGUGUUUAUUUCCGUGAUUAUGAUCUACCAGUGAAUGAGUACAGGGCUUUAGAAGUGUCCCAUGAGGAGAUUGUUGAGCAUGUUUCAUCGCUUCUAACAAGUAAAGGCAUCGUUUAUUCUGGAAAAGGCAUCGACACUGGAAACCUAGAAUGCUACCAAUAUGGGGCAGUGCCGAUCUAUAUGUCAAGGUCAGAGAGCGGGGACUGUGAGCAAACUAAUGAAACUGACAAGUCAUCUUCCAAAUUGCGAAUGGCUCUGAUAAAGCAUCCGCCGAAAGGAUUGGCCAUAAAAGAAGUGAGAAAUAUGUUCUUCCCAUACUGGAAAUCGGUGCUGUCUCAUGGGUCCAUGGUGAAGAUGGUUCCAUCCUGUCAACCAAGCAGGAAAGACUUGCUGAGUGCUGAAGCAAGCAAGAAGGGGACAAAGAAAUCGAUGGGAAAUCCUGGCUCGAUGGUAUUGGUAUGGCCCCAAUUAGCAAGCAACUAUGAAUCCAGAAGGAUUUUUUUUGAAAAGGGAAAUUUUAUUGAUUUCAAGCACAAUACAUCAAGUUGAUACAUUGUCUUGAAAUUUUC